UUUAUUAAUAAAUUUCGUAUGUCAAUCUGAAACUUCAUCAGUUGAAGGAAAGUAAAGCUAGAGUACAAACGAUAUCGAAAAAAAGAUAUACUUACUGCGGUCAUUUUUCAUAAGACAAAGUAUUAGUGCUAGUGUUUGCGUUUAUUAAAUCUCUGGAGGAGAUGAAGGUACACAUAUUGUUGGGCAUUACAUGCCUGUUGGCGUUGGCUUUAGCCAAAGAUGACAAGAAGGAAAAAGAGGAUGUUGGAACAGUUAUUGGAAUUGAUUUAGGAACCACCUAUUCUUGUGUUGGUGUAUAUAGAAAUGGUAGGGUAGAAAUUAUUGCUAAUGAUCAAGGUAACAGAAUCACCCCAUCUUAUGUGGCUUUCACUGCUGAUGGUGAACGUCUUAUUGGGGACGCAGCCAAGAACCAACUUACAACAAACCCUGAAAAUACAGUCUUUGAUGCCAAACGUCUCAUUGGAAGAGAUUGGUCAGAUUCUGCAGUGCAACAUGACAUCAAGUUCUUCCCAUUCAAGGUCAUUGAAAAGAACUCCAAACCUCAUAUCAAGGUUGACACCAACCAAGGAGAAAAAGUAUUUGCCCCUGAAGAAAUCUCAGCCAUGGUUCUCGGUAAAAUGAAGGAAACCGCAGAAGCUUAUCUUGGCAAGAAAGUAACCCACGCCGUUGUCACAGUACCAGCCUACUUCAACGAUGCCCAACGUCAAGCCACCAAAGAUGCUGGAAUCAUCGCAGGUCUCAAAGUGAUGAGGAUAUUGAACGAACCUACUGCUGCCGCUAUUGCAUACGGUCUCGACAAGAAAGACGGAGAGAAAAACAUCCUCGUCUUCGAUUUGGGCGGUGGUACCUUUGAUGUUUCUCUGCUCACCAUCGAUACUGGAGUAUUCGAGGUAGUCUCCACCAAUGGUGACACCCAUUUGGGAGGUGAAGAUUUCGAUCAGAGAGUAAUGGACCACUUCAUCAAACUCUACAAGAAGAAGAAGGGUAAGGACAUCAGAAAAGAUAACAGGGCCGUCCAGAAAUUGCGUCGUGAAGUUGAAAAGGCCAAAAGAGCUUUGUCUGCCAGCCACCAAGUGAGGAUCGAAAUCGAAUCAUUCUUCGAAGGCGAAGACUUCUCUGAAACUCUCACCAGGGCCAAAUUCGAGGAAUUGAACAUGGAUCUCUUCCGUGCCACCAUGAAACCAGUACAGAAAGUACUUGAAGAUGCUGAUAUGAAGAAAAAGGACAUUGAUGAAAUCGUUUUAGUUGGUGGUUCAACUCGUAUCCCCAAGGUACAACAGUUGGUCAAGGACUUCUUCGGAGGUAAAGAGCCCUCAAGGGGAAUCAAUCCUGAUGAAGCUGUUGCUUACGGAGCUGCCGUUCAAGCUGGAGUACUUUCUGGAGAUCAGGAUACUGAUGCUAUUGUUCUUUUGGACGUCAAUCCUCUUACCAUGGGUAUCGAAACCGUUGGAGGUGUGAUGACCAAGCUGAUUCCAAGAAAUACUGUAAUUCCCACCAAAAAAUCUCAGAUCUUCUCAACUGCUUCAGACAACCAGCACACUGUAACAAUCCAAGUAUAUGAAGGAGAACGUCCAAUGACGAAAGACAACCAUCUUUUGGGAAAAUUCGACUUGACUGGUAUCCCUCCAGCACCUCGUGGUGUACCACAAAUUGAAGUCACCUUUGAAAUUGAUGCCAACGGUAUCCUUCAGGUAUCAGCAGAAGACAAAGGCACAGGAAACAAAGAAAAGAUCGUUAUCACCAAUGACCAAAACAGACUGACUCCAGAAGACAUCGAUAGGAUGAUCAAAGAUGCUGAAAUAUUCGCACAAGACGACAAGAAAUUGAAGGAACGUGUUGAAGCCAGAAAUGAAUUGGAAAGUUACGCUUAUUCCCUCAAGAACCAACUCGCCGAUAAAGAAAAAUUGGGAUCAAAGAUCUCAGGUGAUGAGAAAACUAAGAUGGAAGAAGCCAUCGAUGAAAAAAUUAAAUGGUUAGAAGAAAACCAAGACUCAGAAGCAGAAGAAUACAAAAAGCAAAAGAAAGAAUUAGAAGAUGUAGUACAACCAAUCAUAGCUAAAUUGUACCAAGGUGCUGGAGGUGCUCCACCACCAGCAGGUGGCAGCGACGACGAUGAAGACCUCAAAGACGAGUUGUAGAGAAAAUAAAAUGAAGACUGAAUUAUUUUCCAUGUUUUUGAAAAUGUGAUGUGCGUGUGCAAGAACGAAUGUAUAGACUUGUUUUAAUUUUGAAAGUUGGGUGUUUGGUCACCACAAACUGAAAUUCUUUUGUAAUUCUGAUAAAAAUAGGUCCAUAUUUUAUAUUCAGCUACCUGUUAAUUGGUAAUGCCCCCUCUAAUUUAUUUUUUCAUCAAAUAUGAGUGUAUGAUGAAAGUUCAUUUUUUGAAGGUUCUCAUUAUUGUUUAUAGUUUCAUUAAUUUACAUUGCUCGGAUUGUACACUUGUAUUUGAUAAUGUUAUAAAUUUUCAAUAAAAUUUAUUGAAAAAUGA